CGCUCGGGCCGAACCGAGCGGAGCCGGGAGUAACCGAAGGCGCUCGGGUCGAACCGAGCGGAGCCGGGAGUGGCCGAAGGCGCUCGGACCGAACCGAGCGGAGCCGGGGGUAGCCGAAGGCGCUCGGGCCAUGGGGCAGAUCGAGUGGGCCAUGUGGGCGAACGAGCAGGCGCUCGCCGCAGGGCUCAUCCUGCUGACGGGCGGGAUCGUGGCCGUGGCGGGGCAGUUCAAGGGCUGGUACUUCGCGGCGUAUUCCAUCGCGGCAGGGGUCCUGGUCUGCCUGCUCGAAUAUCCCAGGAGCAAGAGGAAAAAGGGCUCCACCAUGGAGAGGUGUGGCCAGAAGUACCUGACAGCCGUGGUGAAGCUGUUCGGGCCCCUCACCAGGAAUUAUUACAUCCGAGCCGUCCUUCACGCCGCCCUGGCUGUCCCUGCCGGUUUCCUCCUCUCCACCAUCCUCGGCACCGUCUGCCUGGGCAUCGCCAGCGGCAUCUACCUGCUGGCUGCAGUUCGAGGGGAGGAGUGGAGACCCAUCGAGCAGAAGCCCCGGGAGCGGCCACAAGUGGGGGGCACCAUCAAGCAGCCCCCCAGCAACCCCCCGCCCCGACCCCCCCCCGAUGCCCGCAAGAAGCAGCUGGAGAUGGGGGGGCAGGUGAACCCCAUCCCUGUGGAGGCAGAAUGAGAGGGGAUCCUCCUGCCCCACUGCCCUGCUCCUGCUCCUGCUUCCCAGCUGCUCCUGGAUCUGCUGCAGGGAACGAGCUCCUGGGGAUCCCCAAAAACCCCGGGGGAGCUGAGCUCCUUGGUGUGGGUCCCCAGCUCCCAGUGAUGCUCAGAUCCCUGGGAUCAUUAAAUCCCCAAGGGAUUCCCCAGUGAUGCUGUGGGGUCCCCAGCUCCUGGGCAUCACCAGACCCCCAGCAAUGCUCAGCUCCUUGCAGGAUCUCCAUCUCCUGGGGGUCCCCAAAUCCCCAAAGAUGCUCAGCUCCCAAAUUGCCAUGGAUGUGAUGCUCCUUGUGGGGUUUCCAGCCUCUGGGGGCUUCCCAACUUCUGGAGAUUCCCAAAUCCCUGGGGCUGCUCAACUCCCUGUGGAGUGUCCAGCUCUCAGGAGCUCCCCAGCUCCUGGACCUCCCCAAAUCCCCAAGGAUGUCCAGUUUCCUGUGGGAUCUGCAGCUCCCAAAGACUUCCCAGCUCCUAAGGGUGCCCCAAAGUCUUGGGGAUUCUCAGCUCCCUCUGAAUCUCCUGUUGCCAGGGGCUCCAAACCCCAAAUCCCUGGGCAAGCUCAGCUCCCUGAGGGUCCCAACUCUCCAAGAACCCCCCAAUUUCCUGGGGGAUCCCCAAAUCCCUGUGGAACUCCAGCUCUCAGGGAAUCCCCUGCGCCCUGGGGGGGAUCAGGCAGCUCUGCUCUGGCUCUCCCUGGUUUUUGUCAUUUCUGCAGUUGCUCUUGCAAUAAAAAGUGGGAAAGGCA